AUGAAAUUCCGCCUGUUCUAGAAAUAGAACUUAACACUGACGGUUUGUCAUUGAGUAAAAGCAACCCUAUGCAAUAUUGGCCUUUACAAUAUAGGAUCAUUAAUAUUCCUUAUUUCAAGCCGGUGAUUAUAGGUGUAUAUAAAGGACUUGAAAAACCUUGCAAUGUAUAUAGCUUUUUUAACAAUUUUAUUGAUGAGGUAAAAGAAAUUAAUAAUGGACUAGGAGGAAUACUAAUACGGAAUCGUCAUAUUCCUAUAGUGUUUAAAAAUUUUGUUGCCGACGCUCCAGCGAGAGCUUUAGUUUUAAAUCAUUAUGGACACAAUUCGUAUAAUCCGUGUUCUAAAUGUAAAGUUAAUGGCGUCCGACAUGAGAAUCGAAUGGUUUACUUGGGCAUCAAUCAUGAAAAACGAACAAAUGAACAAUAUAUAUCUUGUGUGGAUGAGGAUCAUCAAAAAGGAAGAAGUCCAUUAGAAGAUCUUGGAAUACCAAUUGUCACAGGAGUGCCUUUUGAAAUUAUGCAUCUGGUAUACCUUGGUGUUACUGUGAGACUAUUAAGUGCGUGGUAUGAUGGCAAAUUUGGAGGGAAACUACGUAGCUCAGCGCUUAAUGAAUUGUCUUCACGAUAUGUAGAGUUAAACAAGUUGUUGCCCAAACGAAUUUGCACGUCGUCCUAG